UGAGCAGGGCCUGAAAUGACUUUAGAAAGCCGGCCUGUGCUGGUCUUCAUCUGCACUGGCUGCCAAAGGAAAUGUUUCUUUUGUCCUGCACACUUAGUCAUUUAUUUGCUAAAUAAGGCCUCGUUCUGGCCAGAGCCGGGCCAUUGUGAAAACGCUCUGCUGUUUCUCACAGGUUUCUCAGGAUAUGUGAGGUCUGCGGCUCUCAGAUUCCUUUGCCUUGUAUGGCUAAAGGCUCCAGACGGGAGGCUGACCUCAUUGGCCGCUCAGGAACAGGGAGGUGUGGAGAAAAGCCUGAAAAACCAAACAAACUUCCCUUCAGCCCAAAGAGGAACAGAUCCAACACACACACGGCGUUCUCUACCGUCUUCAACAGCUAAACCAGAACCAAACCCAGCAGUCAUCAUGUCAGCAGCCAAGCGUGCCAAAGGAAAGACCACGAAGAAGCGCCCGCAGAGGGCCACCUCCAACGUCUUCGCCAUGUUCGACCAAUCACAGAUCCAGGAGUUCAAGGAGGCCUUCAACAUGAUCGAUCAGAACAGAGACGGCUUCAUCGAUAAGGAGGAUCUGCACGACAUGUUGGCCUCUCUCGGGAAGAACCCGUCUGACGAGUAUCUGGAGGGAAUGAUGAGUGAAGCUCCAGGUCCCAUCAACUUCACCAUGUUCCUCACCAUGUUUGGAGAACGUCUGAACGGGACCGACCCUGAAGACGUCAUACGAAACGCCUUCACGUGCUUCGAUGAAGACGCUUCUGGCUUCAUCCACGAGGAUCAUCUCCGGGAGCUGCUGACCACCAUGGGUGACCGCUUCACAGAUGAAGAAGUGGACGAGCUCCUCCGAGAGGCGCCGAUCGACAAGAAAGGGAACUUCAACUACGUCGAGUUCACUCGCAUCCUCAAACACGGCGCCAAAGACAAGGACGACAUGUAAAAACCAGCAGCCAGAUUCAUUCAUACACUUAUUCUGUAUGUACUGCUCCCUUACAUGAAUGAUUUUGAUGAUCCA